AUGGCAUCUCGCAAGACACAACAGGAAAUCGACAAGACCUUCAAGAAGGUCGCUGAAGGUAUCGCCACCUUCGAAGGCAUCUAUGAAAAGAUCAAAUCGACAACGAAUAUUACGCAACGAGAUAAGCUUGAAGAGAAUUUGAAACGAGAGAUCAAGAAGCUUCAGCGAUUCCGAGACCAGAUCAAAUCAUGGGCCGCUGGCAACGAAGUCAAGGACAAAACGCCUCUGCUAGAGCAGAGGAAAGCCAUCGAAACAUGUAUGGAGCAGUUCAAAGCCGUCGAAAAGGAAAUGAAGACAAAGGCGUACUCGAAAGAAGGACUAUCAGCCGCCUCCCGACUGGAUCCAAAAGAGAAAGAAAAAGCCGACGCCUGCGAUUUUCUUUCGAGCAUGGUUGACGAACUCCAACAGAAAAUCGAGGCUAUGGAGGCUGAAGAGGAAACGCUUCAUGCGUCACUCAAGAAGGGCAAAAAGGACCCCACAAAGACGAAUCGGAUGGAAGAAAUAUCUCGAGUCUCAGAACGACAUAGGUGGCAUGUGAAUAAAUUGGAACUUUUACUGCGGUCGCUGCAGAAUGGUGGUGUGGAGACAGCCCAGGUAGUUGACUUGAAGGACAGUAUUAAGUACUACGUAGAGGAUGGGCACAAUAUCGACUACUCAGGUGAAGACGAGACACUCUACGAUGACUUGAAUCUCGGCGAUGAGGAAGGCCAGUUCGGCGCUGCUCCUGACAAUGACCGAGUAUCUUCGCAAGAUACACAAUCUAUACCAGACGAAGAUACAGAACCGCGAGCGAAACCUAAAGCAGACUCCGUGUCAGGACGACGACCUUCCACACAAAUGAAAUCCCCUCUUCCGGUACUUGCGACCCUUCAUCCGGCAACGACACCAGCAGCGACGUCGAAUACCAUGAAACCAGCGCCUCUACCGACUCGGUUGCCCGGUGAGACAUUGAAAUAUGCAUCUGCUGCAGCGGCAGCGGCAGCGAGUGAUCGGAGUGGCGUUGGUAUUGCACCACUUCCUCCUCCGCCAGGAUCUAGCCCUGCAUCAUCAUCAGUGCUCCCAGUAUCCAAAGCUGGUUCAACGUAUUCUCCAGGUGUUACAUCAGUACAGUUGGCCUCUCGCAUUGUAUCAACACCAGAGCCAACGGAGAAAACUUCUCGACACGAAUCGCCAGCACCUACGCACGUAGCCACCAACAAAGCUGCGUCAUCAACCCCUGCUGUAGAAAAGCGUGAAAUGGGGACCUCGAAGCAAGAGGCGCCGAGUAGUAAUGCUGCGCCUAAGGAGGGGACUGCAGCAGCUUCUCAGGAGCACUCGGUUUAUCAUCUACCGCCAGGGCUUCAGGACUUAAUACAAUCAUUCGAAGCGACAAAGACCCGGGGCGAAGCGAAUUCCUCAUCGGCGUCUGUACAACGACUCCUCGCAGCCUCGCUAAAUUCGUGUCCGGAACCGGGAGAUGCGGAGAAACCGCGUCACUAUAAACCCCAAAAUCCUUACAACACGCCGCUUUAUUAUCCGCAAGAGCCUCUCCCGAUUUUCGACGAUCACCGACUAUACGACACCGGACGCAUCGAUACCGACACCUUGUUCUACAUCUUCUACUACCAGCAAGGCACUUACCAGCAAUAUCUUGCCGCAAAGUCGUUGAAGAACCAAAGCUGGCGAUUCCAUAAACAAUAUCAAACAUGGUUUCAACGUCACGAAGAACCAAAAAUGAUCACGGAAGAGUUUGAACAAGGUACAUAUCGAUUCUUCGACUAUGAGAGCACAUGGAUGAAUCGACGAAAAGCGGAUUUCAAGUUUAUCUACAAGUUCUUAGAGGACGAUCUAUGA